AUGAUUUCCACCACCGGUGCUUCAAUGGGCCGCAUCAUCAUGGCCUUUAUGGGCCUCAUGUUGGCAGUGACAUCUGCCCUGCCCUCUAGUAUCUAUGCUAGAGGCGCUCCUUUGACUCCAGCUGAUGAUCCAUUUUAUCAAACCCCUGCUGGCUUCGAGUCGGAGGAACCAGGGACCAUCCUGAGGCAGCGAAGCAUCAGUGUUUCCUUCCUGGGUCUACUCCCAGAUCCAGUGGAUUCCUACCAGCUGCUAUAUCGGACUACUGCCAUCAAUGGCUCCGCCAUUGCCACGGUGACCACAAUUUUCAAGCCUAGCAACGCAAUGACGGAUCGAUUUAUCUCGUUCCAAACGGCCUACGACAGCUCGGCAACCAUGUGCGACCCUAGCUAUACUUACCAGCGGUCUGCUGCUCAGACCGAUCUCAUUACAUCCGCCGAGGAGCUGAUUAUGCAGGCCUACCUGCUCGAAGGCUAUAUUGUUGCCUCGCCCGACUACGAAGGCCCUGAUGCGGCCUUUAGCGCGGGUCAUCUAGCAGGAAUGGGAACACUGGACGGCAUGCGCGCCGUGGCUAAUUUCGAAUCGCUGGGUCUCAGUAGCAACCCCAUGAUCGUUGGCAUAGGUUACUCUGGCGGCGCUCUCGCGACAGGAUGGACAGCUUCUCUGCAGCCCAGCUACGCUCCUGAAUUAGCCAUCAAGGGCUGGGUGCAGGGCGGCACUCCCGCUAAUCUGACCGGCACUUUGCUCAACAUUGACGGUACUCUGUUCAGCGGGUUCAUCCCUGAUGCGGUCGCUGGAUUGUCCUCUCCCAGCGCCUAUGGUGCAGAGCUGAACACUCUCCUCAAUUCGAUCUUGACAUCGGCAGGCCAAUCAAAGAUAGACUAUGCUAAAACGCAUUGCGCAGUGGACGACCUGGUCAGCUUCGCUGGACAGUCGGUGUUCUCCACGAGUUUCCAGACCUUAGGCGAUGGACUGCUUUACAACCCGACAGUUCACUCCGUGAUGAUACAAAAUACCAUGGGCGCGAACGAGGCGGAAACCCCCACUGCACCGGUGUUUGUCUACCAUGCCAGCCAAGACGAAAUCAUUCCCUACGCGGAUGUAGUGACCCUGGUCAACGCGUGGUGCAAUUACGGCGCCAGUGUGAAGUUCACCACAUUCGCCAAUGGCGGUCACGCAACAACCGAAGUCGUCGCGCUACCAGAUGCUAUUGAAUUUGUUAAAUCUGCCUUUGCGGGUACGACGCAGAGCGGGUGCUCGAGGAACACGGAACUUAAAAGUAUCCUGAAUCCGAUCGCACUUGGCGUGGAGCUGGAGCCUAUUGUGGCGAAGCUGAUCGACGUCGUGCUUAAACUUGGAGCGGAGGACGACAACGUUCUGCAGGACCUCGAAGUUCUCUAUGAUUCGAUUACUUGGUAA